AUGCUUGUUCUUGAAGAUGGUGCUGUGAUGCCUUCUUGGUUUGACAUCCACGAGAAGAAAGGUGGUCUGCUUAAACCCGUUAAGAAUGUGCAUAAGAUGAUAGACAAUGAGACAGAAGCUGGCACAAAUCCUAGUAAUGUCCUUGUGUGUGGAUUCAGUCAAGGUGGUCGGUCUCUUUCUCUAUGCACUCACAUUUACAGUUACACUGUUAGAAAGACUUGCGCGUUGAAUUCCUUACUGUUGGUAACUCGAAAAUACAAUCUUUUUAUCAGGAACUGGUCGUUUCGUCAAACAAGCUGGAGAAGCAGUGUCAAACAAGCUGGUGUAAGCUGCGGGUUGAAGGCUUAUCCUGGUCUUGGUCAUUCAGUAACCAAUGAGGAGCUCAAGAAACCUGGAAUCAUGGAUCAAAAACUCAUCCACGUAGUUCGAUCUUGA